GUGAGAGGCUCAGAGGCGUGUUGUCCAGCUCCUAUAUCUCACAUUACAGUAGAAGACUGAAGAGCAUUUGAGAGCUGAAAGGGGAGAGAGAUAUUCAGCAUGGCCUCGUCCAUCUCCGCCGUCCUGGCCUUCACUGCCACUUUGCUUUUAACCGUAGUUGCUGAUGACUGUGAUAGCUACUUCACUACGGCUGGUAUUUACAAAAGGUCCCAGGAUUGCUCGUUUAUCCAGUUCUGCUGUGGAACCUGUGACAGUCGGUACUGCUGCUCAGAUCCCUUUAGGAAACUCGAUGAGGACUACUGCAGGCACACGGAGUACAGCACCAUUCCCAUUGCUGCUGGUGUAGUGUCUAUGAUCAUCAUCAUCAUACUCAUCAUAGCCUGCUGCGUUUGCCCGUGCUGCUGCUUAUACAAAAUGUGCAGAAAACCCAGACCGGUGAUGGCGACGACCACAACCACAGUAGUAACUACCCAGUAUCCUCAGCAGCAGCCUCCAAACCCUUCUACUCAGUAUCCAGCCUACCAGCAAGUUCCCGCACAGCCCGGCUAUGGUGCCCAGCCAGGGUACGGAGGGCAGGCCAUGCCCCCUGCCCCGUAUCAGGGCCAGCCUUAUGCACCAGGACCGCCUCCUCCAUACCAGGAGAGUGGAGGAUAUCCUGCACCAUACAGCCAGGCUGCCUAUGAUGGUGCUCACCCGCCGUACCCUCUCAAUCCCCCUGUGCAGCCCGGCUACACUCACCCUCCUCCACAGACUGACUACAAUGCAGCUCAGCCUCCAUACAACCCAGCCUACAUGGAGCCGCCCAAAACCGGAUACUAAACCACAACUGUCUGACACCACACAGCCUCGGCUGGAUUACAGACACCUACAUACUUCCACUUUGGGUCACUAUAUGUGCUAUAUUUACCAUGGAAAGCCUCAAGCACAUGACUCGUUUUCUCAUGUGAUCACAUCAUUAUUCUCGACAGAUUAUUAUGGCGCAAAGAUUCCAUAACAACAAUAUAAACUGCAAAGAUAAACAGCAUAUACUCCAAAGCUUUCCAUGGAAAACGUAGAGCAUAUAGAACCUGUUAUUGACUCCAAGCCAUACUCUGUGCUUUUUUUGGUUGUUGGUGAGAAGAAAAGGGAAUGUGGUUUGUAUGAGUGUGAAAGAACCAGUGCAGAACCAAGACAGGAAUCAUGUAUUUCUUUCUUCCUUUAUUUUAAGUGUAACACUUUUACGGGGCAGGGUCCGAGCCUGAUUUCCAGGUGACUGAAGGGCAGUGAUGGUGUGCUCUGUGUGCAGUUUUGACCUCAGAGUUGGCGAAUGUAAUAAGAUUGAGCUGUAGGAGGAAACUGGUGAAUUUAGAGGGGGGAAAAAACCUUGCUCUGACUGUUCAGCUGUUACCUUUUAACACAGUAUGUGGGUAGGGUGGGACAAGUGUUGCAGAAGGUGCAUUCUUUUGUUCAAUCUGACUCACUGACUGUAAAAAGAAAAAAAAAAGUUGGAAACGUCAUUAAAAGGUAAUGUAGUGUAGUAGUGUAAUGUGGAAAAUGAUGUAAGAUGUAAUUACACUGAUUUACAGUUUUGCAUCAUGACACCAAAGGUUUAAAUCUCUGUUGAGCAUUAUAUGGCACCAGGAUACUUUUUGUGAACAUGGUGUAUAAAGAUAGGUGUUUUAUUUUAUUUCCUCUCAGUAUUCAAGUUUGUUUAGAUUCAUUUGUAUAACCAAGAACCCAGAAUAUGCCUUAUUUUUCAUGUUAUGCAGUCAGAGGUGAGGUCAAUAUGUUAACCAGCAGAUGUGACUUAAAGGGUCAUAUCCAUUAUCGGUUUAAAAGAGGAUGUUAACUGUUUGUUCGUUUACUAUAUUUUUUAAAAAAUGUCUUUCAUGGCAUCUUUGUGACAGAAAUGACGUGCAAGUUGGAAACUUGACAACAGACUUUUGUGGGUGGUGAUGUGUUUUCAUUUCAAUCAGCCUGAAUGUUUAUGAAGGCAAGCAGCUCGUCACAGCUCAUCAGGAAAAAAAAAGCGUACAGUUGCACAAAAAGCUUUAAGUUGUAUAAUCUUAAAAGAGAUGUACAGGUUUUGGAGUUUUAAUUUGCUGAAGUCGUGCUUAAGGCCUCAGACUGUAACCUUUGAAUUGCCUGUUCUUGUGCCCCUUAUCCUGCUCUUUCAGCUGUGUCUGAUUUUCCUCUCCACUGUUUUUUUUUUCUCCACAUGCAUUAUAUGACUGGUUUUAGUUACAUGUAAAAUAUUUUCAUUCAGAACAUCUCCAUAUUUGCAAAAGCAAAUUAAAAAUUAAUGUGCUUGAA